AUGGUGGAUUACAAGUAUCAAAUGAUCCUCAACAGAAGUGCAUACAUCAAGGCAACUGAAAAAGAAGAAGAGCUUCCAUUAGACAAUGUUUAUCAGUUGACUCCAUUUGCACAGUUUUCGGAUUUCAUGGGCUCAUCAGAAGACAGAGUUGAUGUAUUAUGCAGUGUCAUACAUUUUCAUCCAGUGCAUUUUGUUGCAACAAAAGGGAAAAAUGUACAGGAAUUCGUCAUUGUAAAUCAAGAACGCUGCCCAAUGCUUCUCAGUCUCUGGGAAGAAUCUUUGCAUGAAGAAGGACAACGAUUGGUUAACAACAUCCACAAAAAUCCGGUCAUACUCGCUACAAGACUGGCUGUAACCUCUUUCCACGGUAUCUCUGUUAAUGCACAGCCAAAUAGCGUACUUCUGUUUGACGCACCAAUUGCUGAAGCCCAAGAAUUAGAAUCAUGGCUACAAUUUCAAAUACAACUCUCUGAUAAAACUGGCACUCUCAACGUUUCCAUAGAAGGAAAUGAAGCCGAGAAACUCCUCACCAUAUCAGCUGACCAAUUGGCUAAAUACAACAACCAGAACAAACAUCUAGACAUUGACAAAAUCAACAACAACCUUGAAAAUUCAGGCCGAAUGUUCCACCUGCGAUCAACCAUCAAGAUUCAACAAGAAACACCAUCAAGAUACACUGUCACCACGUAUCUUCCCUCAUCUGCAUCAUCCUCAACAGCAGUAGAAUCCAGUGACAAAGAAACUUCUUCAAACUCCCCGAAAACACCAACCACAGAUGUUGAAAUGACUGACGAAGAAACCAGUGCAUCCAACCAGCCAGGAAUACAAACUCUACCUGUGAAAAGAAAUCUUUCAUCAGCAGCAAAACAAACGCACAGAUCCACAAAACAUGCAAAACAAGAUUAAAAGAUAAUGAGAUCUAUCCCUUAGCAUAUAACAGGAACACACUCUAGCUACAUCUUUAAAAAAA